AUGGCAGGCUCUCAACUAAAGCAGCUCAAGUCUGCAUUAAAAGAAAAGGGCCUCAUUGGUCAAACAAACACAAACAAAAAGAAAUAUACCAAAUCGAAAACAUCAAGAAGAAAUGAAGUUGAUCGAGAUUUACGACAACAAAACUUGAAUGAGAUUAGAGAUCAAUUUAAUAAAUUCGAUCAAAGGAUAAACAGAACUAAACAUGACAUAACAAUAGCCUCUAAAGAUGGGUUUGUUAAAGUUGGUUCUAAACAACAUAAUGCAGUGACGGCUAAAAACGGUGCCAUGCAAAAGCAAAUGAAGAUGCAAUAUGAUUUGGAGAGGCAAAAGAGGGGCAGAACUGGAGGUAUUUUGGAUAAAAGAUUUGGUGAGAAUGAUUCUCAUUUGAGUCAAGAGGAGAAGAUGUUGAUGAGAUUCACCAAAGAAAGACAAGUCGCGUCUAGUGGGAAAAAGAAGGGUUUAUAUUCAUUGCAAAGCGAUGACGAAGAUGGAGAUUUUUUUGAUGCAGAAGACGAAAACGAUGAUGAUGACGAUGAUGGUGGGUUUCAAUUAACCCAUUCUGGGCAAGCAUUGUCGUUGGAUGAUGAAGAGACAAUCAAAUACGUUGAUGAGGAUCAACUUGAAGUAAAUGACGCUCCAUCACGAAAGAAAUCCAAGAAUGAAGUGAUGAAAGAAAUCAUUGCCAAAUCUAAAUAUUACAAACAACAAAGACAGCAGACAUUUGCCAAGACUCAAGACCAGAUCGAUUCAUUGGAUGAAGAUUUUGGUGACAUUAUGCAAGAUUUACAAUCGGCACAAGGAGCCAUAGCUAAACCAACAUUUCUGCAAAAGGCACCGGAAGAUAUUGAAUACGAUAAUAAAGUACGUGAAUUGACAUAUGAUAGGAGAGCUGCUCCUGCAGACAGAACCAAAACUGAUGAAGAAUUGAGACGUGAACAUGAGGAAAAAAUAAAGAAAUUGGAACAAGAUAGAUUGAAAAGAAUGGAAGGUUUUAAUGAUCGUGAAGCUGAAGCUGAUGAUUUGGAUGGUGAUGGAUUCUGGGGUGGUGAGAGUGAAGAUGAAGAGAAUGGAUUUAGCAUAAAACAAGAUGAUGAGGAAGAAGAAGAAGGGUUAGAAGAGGUAGUUGAAGGUGAGGGUAGCAACACGACGAGAUCCAAAUCAGCAAAGCUGCAACCCGUUUUGAUGCCUACUUCUGUGGAGGAAUUUGCUACUCAAAUGGAUUCCCUUGACCCUGAUCAGCAAGCUAAUCAUAUAAAGAGAGUUUGCGACGCAUAUAAGCCCAAUUUAGCCAUGGGAAAUAAGGAGAAAAUGAACCAAUUUGUUUGUAUACUCUUUGAGUACACUUUGCACCUAGUUGACCGCUUUCAACCAUUUGAUUCUGUUGUCAAAAUAUUAAAAGAUUUGGCCAAUUCAUAUAAUCAAGAAUUGGUUGAACGGAUGAGGAGUUUUCUAUCUAAUAUUGAAACAAGAAGUCAAGGAGCCACACAGUUGAACCCUAGUGAUUUAAUGUAUUUUGCCAUUGUGGCUUGGUUAUUUUCAACUUCAGAUCAUUAUCAUUUGAUUGUUACACCAAGCGUCAUUUUGAUGAAUCAAAUUUUGAGUAAUAUCAUUUAUCAUCCUCGCGAUGUGUCACAAUUAGCCCAGGGUGUUUUCAUUGUUGAUGUGUUGUUGCAAUAUCAACGAUUCUCGAAAAGAUUUGAUCCCGAAGUGGUUAAUUUUAUUGAACAUCUGGUAUUGAUGUUGAUUCCUGAACCGGAGAAAUUUGAUAAUUCGAAGCUCUUAUCACUGGCGAAUCCAUCGGUUAAAUACGACUUACUCAAAUCAACCAAGUUUACCCAAGAUCAUAUGCUUUCAAUCAAUGAUAUCUUCCACAAUGCAAACACCUCAGCAUUCAAAGCCAAACUUUUAAUCAAACUCAUUCACUUAAUGGACAAGAGCAUCAACUUGUGGCGUGAUAAAUCCUCCAUUAUUUACCUCCUAGAGUCAUACAUGUCUUUCCUCAAACAUAUCGUCAAGUACACUACAAUUGAUCCAAUACCACAACUCCUAACCAAAUUCACCAAACUCCACCACCAAGCUCACACAUCACUUAAACCAUUGACUUUACAACACCAUAAGUCAAUCGCCAUCGCCACUUUGGCACCCAAAUUUGAAGAGAAUUUCAAUCCUGAUAAGAAGUCAUAUGAUGAGAAUAAAGAUCGUCAAGAAUUGAAUAAAGUGAGACAACAAUUGAAGAAGGAAAAGAAGGCAGCAUUGAAGGAUAUUCGAUAUGAGAAUAGGUUUGUCGCCCGUGAACAAAUUGAUGAAAAGAAAAAGAUGUAUGAUGAGUAUCAUCGUAAGAUGGCUAAUAUUGUUAAUACUAUUCAAGCUGAUGAAGGUGCUGAAAAGAAUCAGUAUGAGAGGGAGAGAAAGAGGCAAAGAAGGUAA